AUGACAUCACACCUAAAUAUAUGGAAGCCUAUUCUCAUAAACCGAAGCAACAGACCCAUCCUUGUGGAAAAUGAACACAACCUUUACAUCAGAGACAACAUAGGGCUCUACCAAGGCAAACUGAAGAUCUUGCACAGACAGAAUGGUAGAGUCUACUUGACCAACAAACGUAUAAUCUAUUUCGACAACACAAAUGGAGCCAAUUCGCUUGCAUUGGACCUCAAGGAUGUUACCAGAAGCGAGAUCAUCGAUGGAUUCUUGAGAUCGUCUCCCAAAAUACGGAUAAUGAUUAAGGUCUCAGGCGAGGAAUCGGCCCAGAUAUCGAACAAGAGACUAGUCUGGACUUGCAAGAUUUGUUCCUUCAAUAACCAGAUUGCCCUGAACUUCGACCUCGAGAAUAAUAGCCUUCCCAAAUGUACCUCGUGCGGAAUCACGGCAAACAUGGGCCAACUUAGGAAAGUGCUAGAGGAGUUUGGAUCAGCAGACGAGGAGUCAGGGACCAGUAGCAUUGAACAAACUCCAGAACCCGAUAGACGUGAUGACCAGUGUCCCACAUGCACCUUCAUUAACCAUCCAUCAAUGACCAACUGUGAAUUGUGUGGAACAGAGUUGAAAUCAACCAUCCCUAAAACCCUCAAAAACAAAAUUAGCAGUCAAGUCUCUUCAGGAUAUAACUCUCCCACAAAUGGCAUCAAUAUCAAACUAGAGAAUGACCUAGAGCAGUACACCAAUGGCAAGCCAUACGUUAAACUAAGCUUUAGAAAAGGAGGUGAAUCAAAGUUCCAGGAGCUUUUAAUACAAGCUUUGGACGAAAUUAAAUGGGAAGCACUAAAGCAGAAGGGUGCCAUUAAUCAGAAUGGAACCAAACUAGAAACUCCGGCAAAGCAACCACAGAAACAAUUGGGAGGAGGAAUCUUCGGAUUGGAGAAAAUCGGAGAACAACAAAGAAAGACCAAUGAAAUAAUAUUGAGAGAUUCUGUUGAUGAUCUAGAGCAGUUGAUGUUCAGGUUCCAAGACUUGAUGAAACUUUCGACGUCAUUUACCAAAUUCAUCAAUGGUAAGAAGAGCUCAGAAGUGAUAAUUCCCCCAUUGGCCAUUAGCAAGACUUCCAGCCUCUACCAUCAGGAGUUGUCUAGACAUAUCAGCGAGUACUUGGUCAGUUUUGAAUUGACGAAGAGAUCCUCGGUGGUGACUUCCCAAGACUUGUAUGCGAAAUACAACCGGUACCUCGUCCUAACACAGGGGUUUGGAACUGAGUUGAUUUCACCCCUGGACCUCAAUCGUGCGUUGGAGCUAUUUGACGAGUUGAAUCUCCCAGUGAUAAGCAAAAAGUACGAGAAAUCUGGGCUCGUAGUUUUGUCGUCGCGGUCCAGUCAUGUCAAUACAUACGAGGAGUUUAUCUUGAAGUUUAUUCAAGAGAAGGAAGAUCAGUUCAGGUUUGAAAAAGUCAAGGUGGAGGUUAUGGGGAUUAGCAACGGGUUUGUGAACUCAGAGUAUGCAUAUUUCAAGGGUGUCACCAUAUCUGAGAUAUCAGAUAAGUUUGGCUGGUCCUACAACAUUACCCAAGAGGAGAUCGAAACAUGUGUGGAAAAUGGGACUAUAGUGCUAGACCACAAUAUUUCCGGGACAUUUUACUUCAACAACCGCUUCACCAAUGCUGAUGAAGAAGACCAUACUGAAGAGUUGAGAGCGAGGGUACACAAACAAAUCCUCGAUGAACAGAAUGUUAUCAGUAGUUCACUCAAGACCGAAUACCAGACCAGCCAAAAUUUGAUCAAUUUGGGGCCAUCCUACGAGUUCGGGGUGGUAGAAACUUCCCACCAAGAAUCAACAACGGAGCCUCCCGUACGGAGAAGUUCGGUGCUUCAUGCAUUAGAGGGAUUGGAAUUUAAUUAA